GGGGCGGACUCCAAGCCGCGGAUCCUGCUGAUGGGGCUGCGGCGCAGCGGCAAGUCCUCCAUCCAGAAGGUGGUGUUUCACAAAAUGUCUCCCAAUGAGACUCUGUUCUUGGAAAGUACCAACAAGAUCUACAAAGACGAUAUUUCCAACAGUUCGUUUGUGAAUUUCCAAAUAUGGGAUUUUCCUGGACAGAUGGACUUUUUUGAUCCAACAUUUGAUUAUGAGAUGAUCUUCAGAGGAACAGGUGCUCUAAUAUAUGUUAUUGAUGCCCAGGAUGACUACAUGGAAGCUUUAACAAGACUCCACAUUACAGUUUCAAAAGCCUACAAGGUCAACCCAGAAAUGAACUUUGAAGUUUUUAUUCAUAAAGUUGAUGGUUUAUCGGAUGACCAUAAAAUAGAAACACAGAGGGAUAUUCAUCAGAGGGCUAAUGAUGACCUUGCAGAUGCUGGGCUUGAAAAACUUCACCUUAGCUUUUAUUUGACCAGUAUCUAUGACCAUUCAAUAUUUGAAGCCUUCAGUAAAGUGGUACAGAAGCUCAUUCCACAACUGCCAACGCUGGAAAAUCUACUAAAUAUCUUUAUAUCUAAUUCAGGCAUUGAAAAGGCUUUUCUCUUCGAUGUAGUCAGCAAAAUCUACAUCGCAACAGACAGUUCCCCUGUGGACAUGCAGUCGUAUGAGUUGUGCUGUGACAUGAUUGAUGUAGUGAUAGAUGUUUCCUGUAUAUAUGGGUUAAAGGAAGAUGGGACUGGAAGCGCUUAUGAUAAAGAGUCAAUGGCAAUUAUCAAGCUCAAUAACACAACGGUCCUGUACUUAAAGGAAGUAACAAAGUUUUUGGCAUUAGUUUGCAUUCUUAGAGAAGAGAGUUUUGAGCGCAAAGGUCUGAUAGACUACAAUUUUCAUUGCUUCCGCAAAGCCAUUCAUGAAGUGUUUGAAGUAGGUGUUGCCUCCCACAGAAUCUGCAACCAUCAAUCAAGCACCUCAAAUAUGAAAGCAGUGACUCACAAUGGCACACCUAGGAAUGCAGUCUAGAGGAAAACUAAAGACAUUGGAUAGACUUGUCAGCUCUUCACUCCAAACUUUUGUGGAACAAGAGAAGAGUAGUCUGAAAGCCUGAAGUAUGUUUCACAGGAGAAGAGUGGUGCUAACUAUAGAACAGCAGCUUGUAACUCAUGUUGGACAACUGAAACUACUGUAAAAAUACUUUGAGGCCAGUGGACUUAGAAAUGCUGUUUUGAAACCGGCUUUAUUGCAAGUGCAGUGGUUUGUCAGUUUGGAGUCCUGUUUUAACAGUCUGUCUUGGACUGAUUGCCCAGUCAAAACUUACAAAUGAUUGAGUUGAGCUUUGUGUGAAACACUGAAUAGUCACUUGCUCAACUCUUCUUUUUUUUUUUUUUUUUUUUAAUUAAUCUGUAUAAUAACCACUUUUGCUUGAGUUUACCCUUUU